AUGUCUGCUGAACAACCUGCCCCCGAUCCUGCUCCAGUUGUUGAAGCUGCUCCAUCUGAGCCACUCAUCUACUACACACUGACUUCGUGCGAUGAACAGGAAGUGAAGAUCUCUUCACUGGCAAUUCAACAGUCGAAAACUCUCGACGAUCUUGUCGGCAAUCUUCAUUUUUCUGAGGUAGGGAAGCCUACGGAACCAAUUCCCAUGGAAAAGAUCACUAAAGCCACUUUGCUCAAAAUUGUCGAAUGGUGUGAGAAACACAAGGGAGAGUCAAUCCCAGUCGAAGACGACACUGUCCAGAGAAAUACCACAACCCCGGAAUGGGAUGAAGAGUUCCUCAAUAUCGAUAACGAUGAGCUCUUCCAUCUGAUCCUCGCUGCGAACUACUUGGAUAUCAAACAACUCAUGAUAUAUGCUUGUAAGAAAGUAGCUUUGAUGGCCAAGGGAAAGUCUCCGGAAGAACUCCGAGUUAUCUACGGCAUUCCAACUAAUGAAGAAGACGAGGCUGCGGAGAAGGCUGCUGCCGAGCAGAGAAAAGCCAAGGAGGCUCAAAAAGCUGCUGCAGCUGAUGCUGAAGCCGAAAAAGUCGAGGAAACUGCUCCUGGCGCAUCUACCUAA